AUGUCGGAGGGCAAUUCUCCGUCGAAAACGUUUCUCGGCGUCAGUUUCAUUCUCUUGGGAUUCGACCCCCUUCACGAGCAAAAGGUUCGAUCUAAGCUUGUGGGUUGUGGCGCGGUGGAUGUUGGCCACUAUUCCCCGAAUUGCAGUCAUGUGGUUGUGGAUAAAACUGUGUUUGAUGAUCCCAUAUGUGUUGCUGCUCGAAAUGACGGCAAAACACUUGUCACGGCUUUAUGGGUUCAUCAUAGUUUUGAUGUCGGAGUGCCCGUUGAGUCUACUUCUAUUAUAUACAGACCUCUUAAAGAUUUGAAUGGUAUUCCGGAUGCCAAGAGUUUAAUUGUAUGCUUGACUGGAUAUCAGCGACAAGAUAGAGAUGACAUUAUGACAAUGGUGGGUUUAAUGGGUGCUCAAUUUUCUAAGCCCUUGGUGGCAAACAAAGUCACUCAUCUCAUAUGCUACAAAUUUGAGGGGGAGAAGUAUGAACUUGCCAAGAAAAUCCCAAAGAUAAAGCUGGUCAACCAUCGCUGGUUGGAAGAUUGCUUAAGGGAUUGGGCGCUCCUUCCUGAAGAUGAUUAUAACAAGAGUGGCUAUGAGAUGGAGAUGAUGGAAGCUGAGGCUAGAGAUUCAGAAGAUGAGGCCGAAAACACCAUUAUGAAGCAAUCUGGGGGGAGAAACAUGUAUAAGAGUCCUCUUAAUAUAAAAAGUCCCCCAGCAACAUAUGGAAUGCCUAAAUCAGAAGGAGACGUGCCUAAGGUUCCCAUGAAUUUUUAUAAUGCUAUGGACCAUGUAUUGAUUCCUCAGAAUGAGAAUAAAUUAGGUCAAGCCUCAAGUUUUUCUAAUGCUUAUGUUUCCAACGGAGUAAGCUGUCAGAAUGCAGAUGGUGAGCUAAAUGACCAACAUCACAGAACUCCAGAUCCUAAGGUGAGAGAUGAUUUGACAUCUAAUUUUGGAACUCCUGAAAGGCCUGCUCAUUCUGCUAGGACCCUAAGCUAUGCAAGGCAAACCCCAUUGAAGUCAACACUUCCACUGCACGUGGGAGAUAAAUCAAGCAAUGGAAGUGUGUCUUCUAAAGUACCCAUUUGCAAAUCAAAUGCCAAAUUUGGUUUAGCCUCUUAUACCUUUAAGGCAGAUCAAGAAAAUAACAAAAUUGACUCCAGUUGUGUUGAAGUCCCCUUAAAAAGAAUUCAUUCACAGAAUGGAGAAGAAUCAAGUGGUAUAUUGCCUUGGAAAAGGACGAUGGAUCUUUCUUAUGGUAGCUCCAAAUCACAGAAGAUGAAUAAUGAUGCAGAAGCAGGCAUUAUUUGUAGUCCUUCAUCAAGUGAUAAAUCUCCAAAAGUAAAGCCAACAUCUAUGGUUGAUGGUUCAUAUGAGACUACUAGCCAUUAUGUCAUCAGAAAUGAUGACCACUCUCUGGAUAAGACUGUCAAUUUGAAUGCUGUAGAAAGCUCAUAUGCUGGUACUUCACCAAUGAAAUCAUCUACUGUUAUCCGGAAGCCAUUGGCAUGUGAUCUGCCUUUCUCUGCAACUGUGACCUCUGAGACAGCGGAAGAUGGAAAUGGCAACAAGAAAACACCUCUAACCACUUUUCAAAGAUUAAGAAAGUCCAGUUUAUCGAGCAAGCCUGGCAUUGUAGAUUGUGUUGUGGAAAAGCCAACAUUUGCAGUCAGCAAAACAGUGGAACUGCAAAAUCAGCAUCAAGAUGUUGAGGGUCUGUCUUCAAAUAACAAAAAGUCAGUGACUAAUAAUUCCAACGAGCCUGCUGGUUUGAACUUGCUUAAAGAUGAAAAUAAUCACUUAGAUACAAAAUCAGUAAGCAAGAGGGCGAUUUCCAAGAAGAUCCUGGUUUCUAGGCCUAAGUUAACUUCUGCUAACCAAAAGGGGUCUGUGUGCUUAGGUGAAGAUGCCUCCUUAAAUGAUACCACUUUUCAUUUAAAUUCAGGGGACCAUGAGAAAUCCCCUGGUGCUAUGAAGCUUGACAUGCUUUAUCCAGGUGCUACUGCGGAACCCCAAAAGGAGGUGGAGGGAAAAGAUGUUACCAUGACUGCAGAUGUUGCUGAGAAUAAUAUUCAAUCUAUGGAUGAUGAAACUGAGGCUCCUGAGGAAGAAAGUGAACAUAAGUUAGAGAAUGUACUUCAUGAAGCAAAGGCUAUAGGGGUUCAAUCCACAAGUAAAUGUGUCACUACCGAAGAGAAAUGCAAAGGGAUGCAGCAGAUAUCAGAUCACUCUGAUGCCUGUGUUCAUGGUGAUGCAAUGGCCUCAGCAGAAAAUACAGAUGGAAAUGAACAAGAAACGACAGUUUCUGACAGGAUUUCCUUGCUAGUUGAGUCAAGCUUAGAAGGAGAUGGUGUCAAAGGAAAGAAGAACAAAGGGAAAAGGCGUGCUUUGGGUAAAACCAAGUUUAAAGCUGCUCCUGCUGUGGCUGAUGUCAUGAAACCUAAGAAAUUUGUCUGUGAGGAAGAUACUCAGAAUGAGAAUAUUCGGGAGACAGAGAAGGAACUGGAAAAAAUAGCAGUCAAAUCUAAGCGCCGUAGUGUGCCCAAAAAUAAGUUAGAGAACUCUUCCAAAAUGAAGGAAAACAGGCCGAUUGUUUGUGGGGAUCAAUCUGUAAGUACAGCCGAACAGCAGGCAGGAAAAUCAACGGUUAAAUCUAAUAUAACUCCAUUGAAGAGAAAUCAGACAUCUGUAGAGAUCAGUCCAAAUUCUUCAAUACCAGAGGGGAAGGCUCCAAGCAAAGUUAAAACUGAACCUGUAUGGUUUAUUUUGAGUGGGGACAAAUUUCAAAGAAAGGACUUUCGGCAAGUUAUCAGGUGUUUGAAAGGAAGAUGUUGCCGUGAUUCUCAUCGCUGGUCUUACCAGGCAACACACUUCAUAGCUCCAGGUCCAAUAAAGAGGACAGAGAAGUUUUUCGCUGCUACAGCAUCUGGAAGGUGGAUUCUUAAGAGUGAUUAUUUGGCAGCUAGUAAUCAGGCAGGAAGAUUUUUGGCAGAGGAACCUUAUGAAUGGCACCAGAAUGGCCUUAGUGAAGACGGUGCAAUCAAUUUGGAGGCUCCAAGGAAGUGGCGGCUCUUGAGAGAGAGAACAGGCCAUGGUGCCUUCCACGGAAUGCGCAUUAUCAUAUACGGUGAAUGUAUUGCACCACCUUUGGAUACUCUGAAGCGUGUUGUGAAGGCUGGUGAUGGGACAAUAUUGGCAACUUGUCCUCCUUACACUCGAUUCCUUGACUCAGGGGUCGACUUUGCCAUUGUCAGCCCAGGCAUGCCACGGGUCGAUAUGUGGGUACAAGAGUUCUUGAAACAUGAGAUACCUUGCGUUGCAACAGAUUACUUGGUUGAGUAUGUGUGCAAACCUGGGUACCCACUUGAAAGACAUGUGCUGCACAAUACUCAUGCAUGGGCAGAAAAUUCGUUUGGGAGGCUGCAGAGGAGGGCAGAAGAGAUUGUCGAAGACAUUUUUGCACCUCGGGAUAAUUCUGGUACUAGUGAUAUACCUUGCGUGGUUUGCGGAUCUGUAGAGAGAGGAGAGGUGAUGCUGAUAUGUGGCAACGAAAGUGGUUCUGUUGGCUGUGGGGUUGGUACUCAUAUUGACUGCUGCAAUCCGCCACUUGAGGAUGUUCCGGAGGGUGAUUGGUUUUGUCCAAAGUGUAGUCGGAGCAAAAACAGCACCAGCUCUUCCAAGAAAAGGAAAAAGGGGGGUGUUGAAAUUGCAGUUAAUUUCGGAGGUGUGAUUGUACGAUGGCUUGAUAUGAUGAAUGCACAAAAGUUGUUUGUGCGGAUGCUCUAA